GGCGGCGGCGCGGGCAAGUAGUCCCGGGUUAAUACAAGGAAUCUUGAGGAGAAAAGCCAAUAAGCAACCGUAAAUACAUAGUCGCGAAAGAACAAGAAGACUCCUCCCCCCGACUCUUUCUUCUCUUCUUCCUCCUACCGGUCUUGCUUGGUUAUUUGUAUGCGGGUUUUUGUGUACGUGUGGACGCCAGGAGUUUCUUUUUUGCCUGCCGUAGCCUCCAAGAAAGUUCCGGGUGCUGAUGCAAGAGGAUCUCCUGUUUGCCUGCCCCGGUUCUCUUUCUUCUCGCACUGCUGUUCUUAGCCCGCCCUAAACUUGAUCCGAUCAGCGCGGUCAGAAGACAGCGUGUGGAAGGAAGAGGGGGCGGGGGCGCACAGCUCGCUCGAGUUCUCCGUCGCCCAGAAGGAAAGGGAGGCCACAGGGUGAAAAGAGGGGCCAUUGGAGGAGAGCUCGAGACCUGGCAGGUACUAAGAAACAGUAGAUGUAACUUUGAAGAAGCACUGUCAGUAAAAUGGCUUUAGCUGGAUGCCCAGACUCCUUUUUGCAUCAUCCAUACCGAAUAGACACUGUUGAUCAGACAUCGGCACAUACACGACGAGAUCUAGUGGAACCUGGAUUCCAAGAACAAUCAAGUCGCAUCUCAUUAAGUCACCAAGGAGAUGAUGAUGUGGACUUGGAAGCUUUAGUUAACAAUAUGAACUCCUCAUUUGAAAGUCUGUGUUCCACCUUCAGUAUGCAUUCAGAAAGCACACCACUCCUUCAGAAUGGCCAGCUAAAUCGCAGCCAGCUGUUAGCUUCAGGAACUAAUUCGCUGCAUCCAGUGUCCCCACGACAGAAAAUACAGAGGUCUCAACCAGUUCGCAUCAUGGCAGUCAGACGUCUGCAAGAGGAAGAGCAACAAUUCAGAACAUCCUCUUUGCCUGCCAUUCCAAAUCCUUUCCCUGAACUUUGCAGCCCUACAAACUCACCUGUGCUGGCACCUGGAUCUCUUCCUCAGAGUCAGCCUAUGGAUAAGCAAGAUAUAAAAGUUUUUAGUGAAGAUGGGACUUGCAAGGUGGUUGAGAUCUUAGCAGAUAUGACAGCCCGGGACCUCUGCCAGUUGCUUGUUUACAAAAGUCAUUGUGUGGAUGACAACAGCUGGGCCCUAGUGGAGCAUCACCCUCUCAUAGGAUUAGAGAGAUGCUUGGAAGAUCAUGAACUCAUUGUUCAAGUUGAGUCUACCAUGGGAAGUGAAAGUAAAUUUUUAUUCAGGAAGAACUAUGCAAAAUAUGAAUUCUUUAAGAAUCCUGUGAACUUUUUUCCAGAACAGAUGAUUGCUUGGUGUCAGCAGACAAAUGGCUGUAUUCCACAGUCACAACUCUUACAGAAAUUUUUAAAUUCAAGUAGUUGUCCAGAAAUUCAAGGGUUUUUACAUGUGAAAGAAUUGGGAAGAAAAUCAUGGAAGAAGCUGUAUGGUUGUCUGAGGAAAUCUGGACUUUAUUGUUCUACAAAAGGAUCUUCAAAGGAACCAAGACAUCUGCAGUUGCUAGCUGAUCUUGAAGACAGCAAUAUCUUUUCAUUAAUAGCAGGCAAGAAAAUGUACAGUGCACCUACAGACUAUGGCUUUUGUAUAAAGCCCAACAGAGUAAGAAAUGAAACUAAAGAAUUAAGACUGCUGUGUGCUGAGGAUGAACAAAGCAGAACAUGCUGGAUGACUGCCUUUAGAUUGCUCAAGUAUGGGAUGUUGCUGUAUGAAAAUUACAGAAUUCCACAACAGAGAAGCAAUCUGCUUCCUCACUUCACCACUCCUGUGAGAAGUGUGUCUGAAAAUUCCUUAGUAGCAAUGGAUUUUUCUGGACAAAUAGGAAGAGUGAUUGAAAAUCCAGAAGAAGCACAGUGUGCAGCCUUGGAAGAAGGCCAUGCCUGGCGGAAACGCAGCACAAGAAUGAACAUUUUGGGGAAUCAAAGCCCACUUCAUCCUUCCUUGCUGAGCACAAUUAUUCAUAGGACACAGCACUGGUUUCAUGGCAGGAUCUCAAGAGAAGAAUCACACAGGAUUAUUAAACAACAAGGUCUUGUGGAUGGGUUAUUUCUUCUUCGGGACAGCCAGAGUAAUCCAAAGGCAUUUGUACUUACAUUGUGUUAUCAUCAAAAAAUUAAACAUUUUCAGAUUUUACCAUGUGAAGAUGACGGACAGAUAUUUUUCAGCCUGGAUGAUGGGAGCACCAAAUUCACUGACCUAAUACAGCUUGUUGAAUUCUACCAACUAAACAAGGGAGUUUUACCUUGUAAACUCAAACAUCACUGCAUCCGGGUGGCCUUAUGACCUCUGUUCCAGUCCAUGCUGAUGACUGGCUUUGUUCCAAGACUGGAGAUGGAAGAGAAGUAUUGUUGAAGGAAGUUGACAGUGGGACAUUAGCCAACUUGUAGUUGCUUUUAAGGAACAAAAUGUACCAUCAAAAUUAUGCACCUAGGGGACUUGGAAAGGGAUGCUUGAGCUGGUGCCAACAGUCCAAGAUUUUGCUGUUUUGUCUAAAUCUUAAGCCUGAUUGCUGCUGAGUGUCCCAGCAACCCCAAAAAACUGGGAAAGGUUAUGUAAAAACACUAAACAAAACUGGAAAUUGUCCCUUGGCUGGUCCACUUAACAGAGUCAGGUUUGUGAAGCAAAAUUAUUGAAAAGAACUCUUGCCCUGGAAUAAUCUUGACAAUUUAAAGCUGAGUAUAUUUUCUUUUUGUAUUGAUCACUCUUUAUAUUGUUUGUAUGUCUCUCUUAAUUUUUUUUUGCACUCCUUUUGGAUAUUAUAUUUAGCUUACAUUAGCUGAUACAGUUUUUAAAUUUAUGUCUGAUUUGGGUGUUCUAAAUCCUAUACUGCAUGAAUUGCUUCAGCCUAACAAUAAUUCAAAAGACAAAAAAUGUCUUCUGAUUUUUGAAACUAGAUUCCCUGCCAUUUGCUGAUGUUGUUGAAGGAACAAGAAGGAGACAAUUUUGGGAAGGAAAGAACAUCCCACCAGUGUAUGUUUUUAGUAUAAUGGCUGUAGCUUGUGUGUAUGAAAGAGGACUCUGCUUCUAUGCACAGAUGUUUUGAACCUGUUUUAUUUUGAUUGUCCUCCUCCCGCCCAAUCUGCUGGAGCUCCUCUUUCUGCACAUAUCCCAUGGGAAAAUCCACUGUCAGUAGCUAGUUCAGAGCUGAAUGAUAAUAUAUGUAUUUGGAAUCACUUGGCUUUUUUCUGUUUAUGUUUUGGUGGGGAGGGGAGGGGUUGUCAUUUAUUUAGUCUACUUGGUAUAACACAAAUCAGUGUUUUCUAUUUUUAGCAUUAUUUCCUUAACUCUUCACAAUGUAUUAUACAGCUCCAGUGCACAUAUAUCACUGCCUAGUCUUCUAACCAUAGUUAGGAGUUUAAGAGUGCUCUGUAAGUCUGCAUGCUCCUUCCAUUUAUUUUUUUCCUCUGGACAUGUAUUUUCCAAUAACCCAAGCACAAUUCUGGUUUUAGGUUUCUUUGCUUAGUGAAAAUACUAUUGUAGGUGUUACACAAGUGAGAACAACGGAGAAGCGCUCAUGUGGCACUCCCAAGCUUCUAAUUAUAGCUAAGAUACUGAGGAGUGCUCCAGCAGCAUAGAUACACUUUUCCUAAGUGAUGACAUGUUAAAUAUGAUUUUCAAUGAAGUAAAUGUGAGAAAUGCCAUCUGAUUACAUGCUGCUGGAUUGCCAAAACUUACACUGUGAGCUUGUUCAAAACUGUGGACAUCUUCCCUCAACCACUGCUGCACAUUCUCUCCAUCCAUUUCAGUCUAGCUGUAAAAGAGAGCAAUACACAUGCAGCAUUGCAAUAACUGGAUGAAUCCUUUUUAUUUGGAAAUUAUAUGUUCAACUGUCUCUGCCACAGAAGGACUUGCCAUUGACAGUUCUGACAAUUGAUCCUUUGGGGUUUAUGCACUAAAAUUUGCAUGCCAGUAUCUGUAGCAACUAGGGAAACCUUGCUUCAGUCCUGGUUUAGCCUCCCUAAAACCAUACACUUGGAAUGUUAAUGCGUACAUAGCUAUGCAGAACAAAUAAUACUUUAUUUCUCUUGAAAGGCGUGGCUUUCUAGCUGUAAUUGGGGGGAAAUAAAGUGUGAUAUCUGUCAGUGUACUCAUAUUGGCUCAUGUUUUCUAAUUCUACACAACUGUGUGCAUGGAGAUAUGCCAUGUGGAGGAUUUUGUAACAUCGGAAUCAAGGCCACUGCUUUUUAACAUUUCAGCUGUUCCAUGUUUACAUAGCAACACUUCUUUCAUCGAUAGCUUGCACUUAAAUAAGGUCAAUGAUUAUGAUUAUCGUACUUUGGGGAUGAUGAUCAAGUGCAUAUAGGAAGUGUUUUGUGUUUUAUAAAUCAAGAAGUAUGUUCCAGCCUAUGAAUGUUCAGAAUUACUUGCAAAUGGAAUAUCCUUUCUCUCCCUCUCCAGAAAUCUUGAACCUUUAUAUAGAUAUUAAUUAAUAUUAAUUAUUGCAUGUAACUAAUAGCCCAUCUGAGCAGUUGAAACUGAGUACAGUUAUUUAUUCACAAGAUAAUCAUAUACUGUUGAGAGUAGCUUAAGACAAUAUAACCAGCUUAAGUUAUGCAUAGCAGAUGAAAAAACACUGUAUUUUAGUUUACAGGACAUAUCUAAUAGGGUUUUUUCCAUGAAAUGUCUACAUAUACAAUGAAGAAACUUGAUUUUUGUUAGAAAUAUCUUGGUUACUACAUUUUACAUAUUUUGUCAACAUUUUAAGGUAAGCUAACAUGAGUUGACUUAAUACUGCAUAUUUGUUCCACCUAGAUUUUUCAAAUGGACUUACAGGAUUUUUUUUUAAUACAGAUUCUCAAGUUUAAAUGAGGUGGUUUGAGUUUAUUAAAAAUUAAGCUACUUAGUUAAGUAUCUUAGUUCCACUUACACAGUUUCCCAGCAAUAACUUCAUGUUAUAAAAAUAUCAUUUAAUUGAAUUUGACAAUACAAGUUCUGACUAUCAUGAAUUUGAAUGCAGACUGUUUUGUACUACCUUCAAAAUGGUAGCUACAUUACUUGAGCACGCCAUUAUUGCAUUUCUUCCCUUUGCUGGAAAUAUACAAUUUCUAACCCAUCUUAAACAUUACCAGCAGAUGCGUCUGUCUAACAACUUAGGAAAUAAGGAUUGAAGGAAAUUUGAUUUUUUUUAAAAGAAUAUUUAAAUGACAUGAAUGUAAAGAGGGAUGCUCAGGGUUGUUUCUGGAGCCUGUUGAUUUUAUUUUAUUUUUGCCUGUGAUUGUUUUGUAAAUAAAAAAUGUCAUAUAGCAUCUUGUAAUAUGUUAAGAAGGAAAAUGCCAAACCAUUUGGUAAUUUUUUUUAAAAAAAUAGGUAAGUUAUAUUAUUUGUGUUUUUUAAAAGUACAGCUUUUUAUUUGUUGAAUUAAUCUUGAAGAAAUAUGUGCCUCUAUUUUUAGAUUGUUUUGUCUUAACUUUUCUGCACUAAGUACCUGACCAUUUUGACCAAUCAAUGCACCUUUCCAGUGGCAAGACUUGCUUAGCAUAAAUUAUAUUGUCAUAAUACAAGACUUUAUUGUGACUGUAAAAUGAAACAAAAGUUAUCAGGGAAUGCAAAAGGUAUUAACUUAAGGGACACAACCUCUUACUCAAUAUGCAUUGCUUCAUAUUGUAAAUAGCCUUUUUUUGACUAGUGAACUUAAUUGUUAUCUUUCAGGUAUUUUUGUACAAAACGGGACUGGUUAUAUUUCUUGUACUUAGAAAUAAAUAUUCAAACAAUGGUAUUCAUUUUA